AUGAAGAAGGCAUCAUUCAGUUUAUCAGGUAUCAUGUGCUCAUAUGAACUUGUGUCGGACUCCAACUCAGGUUACUUGAUUGACUGUAUGCUUGAAAACCCAACAAAGAUUUCUUCAGGCUCUCCAUGCCUGUUCUCCAAGGAAACCAACCUUAAAGGGCAAAGCCAUUCAAAUUUGAAAACAGACAGCAAAUUCCAAAAAAAGCACAAACAACAAAACAACAAAGUGAUGUAUCCUAAAGUGAAGGUGAGGCUACAAGAACAAGAUGAUUAUUUUUCCCCACAAAGUCAUCACAGGACAUUGCAGUUGACAAAUGCCUCUGAUGAAUCUGUCCCUGGGAAGGAGACUCAAAGCUGUUCUCCCCCAUCAAUUGCCAUAACCAAGAAGGCUUAUGUCUCCAAGCUACCGGGACACUCCAUUUCUUCAUCCAAAGCAGAGAACAGCAGAAAUCCUGGUAAGGCUACAAAACCAGCUGAUGCUAGAGCUUGUUCAAUCCUUCGUCCCCGUGCCAUCUUAUCUAGCCCUGAAAAUGAUGGGAUGAUUGGAAGCAGAAACAAGGUGGUUGAUAAAAACUCAUUGGCUGUCAAAGUGCAUAACACAAAAGAAAAAGUGGCAGCUGCCCAAAAGCCCCAGCAACCCAAGAUCGUCCAAAGUCAGGUGAAGAAGGCAGCAAGGCCUGUGAACGAACAUGACCAAAAGGCUCCAACAAAGCAUUGA